AUGGGACUCGCGCGAAUGCUGGGCGCGCGGCGGGCGUACGGCGCGCGCGCCGAGUUUUCGACGCCGAGGACGCGCGGGGGCGUCGCGCGACGAUCGACCGUGCGCGUCGAGGCGAAGAAAACCGCGGAUGGACCCAAGCUCGUCAUCGCCGGGAUCACGGGCGCGGUGGGACAGGAGUUCCUGCGCGUGCUCUCGGAGCGAAACUUUCCGUACUCUGAGCUGAAGAUGCUCGCGAGCGCGCGGAGCGCGGGGAGCGUGGUGGAAUUCGAGGGUGAGAAGUACGUCGUCGAGGAACUCACCGCGGAGAGCUUUGACGGGCAAGACAUCGCGCUUUUCUCGAAGGGUUGCUUCGUCGUCGAUAACUCGAGCGCGUUCCGGAUGACGGAGGGGGUGCCGCUGGUCGUUCCGGAGGUGAACCCAGAGGCGAUGGCGCACAUGAAGCUCGGUGGGAAGGCUGGCAUCAUCGCGAACCCGAACUGCUCAACCAUCAUCGCCCUCAUGGCGGUGACGCCGAUUCACCGAGCGGUCGGCGUCGAGCGUAUGGUCGUCUCGACGUAUCAAGCGGCGAGUGGCGCCGGCGCGCUCGCCAUGGCGGAGCUGGAGCAGCAAACGAAGGAAUACGUGAACGACGGUGAAGUGAAGACGAUGGAAAUCUUCAAGUGGCAGUACGCCUUCAACGUCUUCUCUCACAACGCACCCAUGACGGAGAACGGCUACAACGAGGAAGAGAUGAAGAUGGUCAAGGAGACUUGGAAGAUUUGGAACGACAAGGACGUGAAGGUCACGGCGACGUGCAUUCGCGUCCCGGUGCUUCGUGCGCACUCCGAGUCCAUCAACCUCACUCUCCGCAACCCAUGCGACGAGGUGAAGGCGAAGGAGAUUCUCUCCAAGGCUCAGGGCGUGUCCAUCAUCGACGACCGGGCGAACAACCGCUUCCCGACCCCGCUCGACGCCUCUGGCCUCGACAACGUCUUCGUCGGUCGCAUCCGCCAGGACAUCUCCCAGGACGGCAACAAGGGCCUCGACCUCUGGGUGUGCGGUGAUCAAAUCAAGAAGGGUGCAGCGUUGAACGCCGUGCAGUGCGCCGAGCUCCUCCUCAAGUGA